AUGGCAAGAUUGUGGCAUUUGAGUGUUUUUGAAACACCGAUCAACUUUUACAUUGUUGGUUCUGAUGUUUCGAAGACUCGUUAUCGGCUGCUAAAAAUUGGCCGUUUGGGAGUGCAAACGUUGGACGUAUCUGAAGUGGGAGAAAAUUAUUCAAAAAGUGAUAUCAUGAAAUUGUUAGCCACUGUUUCGGAAGGAAACUCUAUUGUGUUUACUCAAAACGAGAAGCAAUCAGUGGGUAUUGAUAGACGAAAAGGUUUAAUCGAACGCGCCUCUGAUGCUUUCGGAUUACUUGGAGCUGUACGCUUUCUUGAAGGCUAUUAUUUGCUGGUCGUAACGAAGGCUCGAGUUGUUGCCACAAUAGGCUACCACGAAAUAUAUAAAAUUGAAGAAGUUAUCCUUAUUCCUCUUGCAAUACAAGGAAUUCCGGUUAACAAUCCCGAUGAAUUACGCUAUCUGAAAUUAUUUCAAUCUGUGGAUUUAUCAACGGACUUUUAUUUCUGUUAUGUAUACGAUUUGAGCCGAACGCUGCAAGAAAAUGUGUUGGAAAUAUCCGGGUGGCCCAAGUACAAACAAGCUGACAAAAGUGAAAAAACUUCCCAGUUUUUUCCCGACUCAAAAUUUAUCUGGAAUAGCUAUCUUUUGGAACCAUUACGUAAAAACGCUAUUAGCGAUCAGUGGUUUAUUGAAGUGGUUCAUGGAUAUGUUGGUCAGCAAAUAAUUGAAUUACCGUGUUCUCGAUUAUCAUUAAUUCUAAUUGGACGUCGUUCCGUAGAAUACGCAGGUACAAGAUAUCUAAAGCGAGGUGCUAACUUUAAAGGCCAGGUAGCAAAUGAUGUUGAAACGGAACAAAUCAUUUGGGAUACACGUUCUUCUCCUAACUUCACAACUGGAAAGUUUAGUUCCUUCGUGCAACGGCGUGGGUCGGUACCGCUUAUUUGGAGUCAAGAUCCAGCUACUCGUGGUGUUGUUGGCAAACCGAUCAUUUCAAUUGACAUCAAUGAGCCACAUGCACAAACUGCUGCUGCUCAUUUCCGUGAGCUACGAAAGAAAUACGGUAAUCCGCUGAUAGUAAUGAAUUUGGUGAAAAGGCGUGAAAAUAGAAGGCAUGAGGCGCUUUUGCAUGAUCAGUUUCUUAAGGCUGUCAAGUAUUUGAAUAUGUUCCUACCAAAAGCGGAACGGAUCGCGUAUUUAAGUUUUGACGUAGCUCGUUGUCAUAAAACUGGAAAUGUCUUGAGUAAACUUGAAGAAAUAGGUUUGCGAUGUGUUAUCCGACAUGGCUGGUUUCAGUCAUUCCCACCACUAUAUUGCCGCAAGUUAAGACCAACAUCGUUGCUGAACGAUUUUGAGCCGCUGCUAAGUUUAGAUGGUAGAUGUUUGCUUCAGCACGGUGUUUUAAGAACAAACUGUGUAGAUUGCUUAGAUAGAACAAAUGUUGCUCAAUUUGGAAUCGGGAAGGUAUCUCUUGGACUUCAGUUAUAUUCGAUGGGACUUGUCGGAGAACCUUUACUUUCUUCAUCCAGUGAAGUUUGUCGAAUAUAUGAGGAUUUGGUGGAUCAGCAUGGCAAUAUGUUAGCGCUGCAGUAUGCGGGGUCUCAAUUAGUACAUUCAAUCAAGACUUAUAAAAAGAUAUCUGUUAUACAGAUACUUAUUCAGGAAAGAAGUCGCGAUGUAAUCCAAACCUUGUCAAGAUAUUAUAGCAACACUUUCGGUGACUAUGAUAAACAAAAUGCGAUCAACUUGUUUUUAGGUGUAUUCAGACCAAAUAAUAAAAACUUUCAUUUGUGGGAUUUGGGAACUGAUCAUUAUCUUCAUUUUCCUGCUGAUUUCAAGAUGAAAGCAGAUUACUGUGCUUGGUUUGUUGAUUCUGAUUAUUGGAAAAGUCCUAAUGGAUGGAAUGACUGGAAAUAUACUGAUGACAGUAUUCUUUCCUGUGUUAGUUUAGCACCACCAGUAUCACGUUGCCACUGGUUAAUUUCUACUGAAGAUCUAUAUUACAUAUACUAUCGUUUAUGGGAGUUAUCAAGGCUAGAUGAUUUAAUUCGUGAGCAAAAGGAUCUCCAAAAAUCCGUAAUGAUUAAUGAUGUAAAUCAAAGCAUCGCUCAUUGCUAUACUUUCGCCAAAUUAUGGAAGCAAGAUCUAAAUGAUAAGGGUAAUGUGAAGCAAGAAAAAACUGCACUGUCAGAUGAUGAUGACGAAGAAGACGAGCCACCAUUGAAAUCAGAUACUGAAGCACAUUAUGAGUGCGGUUUUAGUCCGGUCGGUAAACUUCGUUUAAUAACUUCAACAAAUCGAGAAAUGACACUGAAUCAGAAAAAUUCAGACAGUCGGGUGAUGUGUAUGGGCAUUUUAACAACUAAAGAGGCAUAUGGUUUUGAGGUUAAAAAGCCUAAUGAUGCUGAUAUGGCAAAAUAUGUCAAAUACGCACAAUUGAGUGGUUGCACCACUAGUCAUAAGGAUUUUCACUUAUCAGGAAAGCCCAAACGUCUUAAUGAUUUGUCGGCAUCAGCGAUACCCGAUUACAGCCGUUUGGAACCGACAUCAAUUUUCAAGUCAGAUAAUGUAUAUUCGGUCUCUCUUCUGCCAGUAUCGAAGGCUUCUAUGAAAAUUUAUAUUGAAAGUGUUGAAUGUGCUUGGCGAGGGUCUAAAAUUCCAUCACGAGUCGAUUUGGUAAAUUAUGAAAAUUAUGCACUUGAAAGGCGUUCAGCCUUUACCUUACAGCUUCCUUCGUCCUGA